AUGCCUUCCUACAUCGUUACCUGCAAGAAGGAUGCCACCGACGACCAGGUGGCCGCGGCGAAGAAGCACGCUGAGGACCAGGGUGGCAAGAUCGGCCACGAAUACAAGCUGAUCAAGGGCUUCUCUGUAUCAUUUCCCAAGGAUUCUGUCAGCACGAUGGAGUCGCAUGAGCACGUCGAGGCAGUCGAGGAGGACAAGGAGAUGAAGACGCAAUAG